ACUAGCUGCGUCAUAUGAUCUCGUGGUCUGUGUAAUUGCGUCCGUUAGUAUCGGAAAUAGCACUAAGAACUGUUUGACACUUUGAAGAAGCGCAGACAUGACACGGCUGAACUUACUUUAUAUCGUCGGUUUGCUACUAGUAGCCCAGAGCAUCGCUAUUAUCAGAGUCCCUCUUCAUAAAACCAGGAGCUUGCGCCGCCUGAUGAGCGACAAUGGGAUGUCUGUGGAGGAACUCAGGACUUUGGCUAAAACUACCGGUUCAGCUGACAGCACCCCCUCCUCAGACCUGCCCGUGGAGAGACUGACCAACUUCAUGGAUGCUCAGUACUAUGGAGAAAUCAGCAUCGGCACCCCACCGCAGGACUUCACUGUGCUGUUUGACACCGGCUCCUCCAACCUCUGGGUGCCUUCCGUUCAUUGCUCCUUCUUCGACAUUGCCUGCUGGGUUCAUCGCCGUUACAACUCAAAAAAGUCGAGCACAUACAUAAAGAAUGGCACUGAGUUUUCUAUCCGGUACGGCAGAGGCAGCUUGUCAGGCUUCAUCAGUGGUGACACUGUUUCUGUGGCUGGGAUGGCUGUGUCUAAACAGCAGUUUGGUGAGGCAGUGAAGCAACCAGGCAUCACCUUUGCAGUUGCACGGUUUGACGGGGUGUUGGGCAUGGCCUACCCGUCUAUAUCAGUAGCUAAAGUCACUCCGGUGUUUGACUCAGCCAUGGAGGCCAAACUGCUGCCCCAGAACAUCUUCUCUUUCUACAUAAGCAGAGACCCAGCAGCAGCAGUAGGAGGAGAGCUGAUCCUAGGAGGAACUGAUCCCCAGUACUACACUGGAGAUCUACACUAUGUCAAUGUCACACGAAAGGCCUACUGGCAGAUUCAGAUGGACCGAGUUGAAGUGGGAAACCAGCUGACACUGUGCAAGAGUGGUUGCCAAGCUAUUGUUGACACGGGAACAUCUCUAAUUGUUGGUCCUGUGGAGGAAAUCCGAGCGCUGCACAAAGCCAUCGGGGCUCUGCCUCUGCUGAUGGGAGAGUAUAUGAUUGACUGUAAGAAGAUUCCCUCUCUCCCAGUUGUCUCCUUCAGCAUUGGAGGAAAGAUGUUUAACCUGACUGGAGAGGAUUAUGUCAUGAAGGAGUCUCAGAUGGGCACGUCCAUCUGCCUGUCAGGCUUCAUGGCCAUGGAUAUCCCCCCUCCUGCAGGCCCACUAUGGAUCCUGGGUGAUGUGUUCAUUGGGAAGUACUACACUGUGUUUGACAGGAACGCUGACCGUGUGGGGUUUGCCCCGGCCAAGUAAAAAGAACAAGGCUGUAGUUGGAGAAUGCGGUUUGCUUUUAAUGGCUUUCAGUUCUUGUUUUUUCUUAAAUCUACUCAGAAAAAUGGUUUACAUGAACUGGUUUCCAGUGAGGGAUUUUUUCACAUGCCGAUUUGUCUGUUUUUUUCACACACUGAUCCUCUGAGUGAUGAUGUGCUUUGUCACUGAAUGGACAUUUUCAUACAGUUUAUGGAGCAUAAUUUUGAAGCAGCAUAUGAUUUAAGCAUACAUGUCACAUUUUUGAUUUUGCAAGUUUGGACUAUGCAUUUUUGUGUUAAUGUUUUAGAGAAGGGAGGGAGAUUCGAAGGCACCAAAGAUGAAUAAAUGUAAUUGCGUUACAUUCCUAACAUGUUUUCCAACUUUAUACUUAUAAAUGUUCUGAUUCAAGCUACUUUUGUGCUCUGACAGCAUCUCAGGAGGCUUAUUUUAACAUGUCAGUGUUCAUUUUUUAUGUCAGAAAAUUAAAUAAAACUGCACAUUUAAUUGAAAGUGUUAAACUGAUGGAUGGAUAAAUAAAUGUUGUUACCAUCCAGUGGUUAUGGAUCGCUACAUGCCGCUGUGAAAGAAGAAUCAAAGCAUACACAAUGUUAUUUGUAACAUUUAAUGAAGUGUACAAAGUGCUGCACAUUUCAGCUCCAGAGCUGAGAUUAAAAAAAAAAAAAAAA